UUGGUUAUCUUUCCUGUCGAUCGACUCCUCUCUCUCGCCUCUCCUUCGAGGAUCGCCCAAAGUUAUCUGCGAUAUCUCUUUCGGCCGAAUUUCCCCGCCAGACCUGUAAUCCAUACCGUGCCGUUGGAACUUCCGUUGGAAUUGGAGAGGCAUAGCCGCACUCGAUAACGGCGGUUCCGACGGAUUUUCAGCAGUUCCACGGGGCGUAUACGUGGUUUGAUGUUUUCGUGGCGUUUCGAUCAUCCAUUGUAUCGACGAGCUCGUUUGCGUAGACAUCGUCCCGCGGACCUGAUAUCGUUUGCGUGUGUGAUGCAACUCCCGCAGUUGCAGCUUUUAAUCGUUUCUUAAUUAGCAUCUGAGGUGCCUAUAAUUAUGCAUCAUAAGUCUAUAUACAUUGUUUCGGGGUUAUACAGGUCAUCGACAUGGGAGUUGUUGUUGACAUCAUUUCGGUUCUGGAAAAGACGACGAUCACCAAAGAGGUGCUGGAGAUCACGAGACUCGGGAAGCACAUCAACGAGCUUCGUCGAAAGACGGACAACGAUGCCUUGGCCAGGCGUGCGAAGGAUCUGGUGCGCCGAUGGCGUGACAUGGUUUUGCCAUCGGCGCACUCCACCCCGCAACCUACCCCGGCUGACACAGCACCACCAGCUCUCAACGGUGCGAAGCCUCACAGCCCGGCCUUGAGAAGUCUGAAACCGCACAGUCCUGCUUUACGCGGACUCAAGCCUCAGAGUCCCUUAUUGAAAGAUGCCACUUCCCUCAGAGUGCUUAGUCCAGCGCUAUCCCUGCACAGUGACCAUUCGAGAUCUCCUAACGCGCCGUUGAACAAGCAGUCAAUUAUACUGACCAGCAACCACAGGAUAAGUUCCACCAAUGUGUCGCCGGUGUUCGGCUCCUCGAGCCAAAACCAUACAACGGAGGCGGUGCCGCGUACACACAGUUCCAACAAACGGCUACGAAAAGAGGACGGCAACAAGGAGCAACGCCAUUAUUAUCAAACACUGCCUGAGUUCACGCAGUCGAUGUUCGGGGUCGAGGAGCCCACUGUCAAGAGACAGCGGCACAAUGGCGAGAACAUAAGUGGUAAUUUAAAUUUGCAAGUGCCUAGCCCUACGCUGAAGGAACGAAUCUCCUCCGAUCGUUUCGCGGAGACUUCCCUCGAAGUCACGGACGAGUCGGGCCCGAAGAAACGCGGCCGCAAGAAAGGCAGCAAGUCCGCGAAACGACAGACGUUGUUGGACGACCGCGUGAAGGAGAAGAUAGCCAGUAUCUCGAGGAAUCCGAAGCUAAAGACCACGCAGGAGUUACUGGCCGACCUGCAAGCGCGCGGUGCCAACUGUAGCAGCAGCGCCGUCGGCGCUGUCCUACCUAGUCAAAGCGGCGUCGCGGAGCCACCCAGCAUGGAGGAUAUUCUGCGAGGCAACAGUAGUGAGUCCAAGUAUCUGCGCUGCUCGCAGAAGAACUCGAGUCACCACAAGGGCGGCCUGGCGUCUGAGACGUCGUCCGACUCCAGGACACAGGUAUCACGGAGUCGUAAGUCCGCGGAGAACUGUCGCGAACGUUCGCCGGACUCGUGUCAAGAGAGAUCGCGCGACGAUAGGACGGAUGUCGCUGCCGGCUCGUCGACGUGUCGAUCAUCCCCGCGGCGGGAUCUUACGGUCGAGGAGAUUCUGGCGAAAUUACCACCCCUAGACCUCAAGUCGAUAGACUGGAGUGAUUGCGAGCCUGUCGAGUCUACGGAGGAGCGGAACGGCGUCGAGUGUUCGCCGCGGCCGGAGCCCACCGUCGAGGAUCUGGAGAGGUUACAGAUGCAGUGUGUCGAAGGACUUAACGGGAAUUACCAGGCGAGGCUACCGUCGGCUGCGUGUACGGACGAUGGCGGAGAGCAGCGCCUGGCUACAAAUCAAGGGAACGGAGUGUCGGUCGGAUUAUCGAACACAGGUGGUGUAAAAAGUGUAUACAACAACAACAACCAGACUGACGGUGCGGAGUUUCGGGAGUGGCAUCAGAUGUUGGCGAGGCCCAGUUACCAGGGCGAGACCCUCCACAUAUUGCCUUAUGUUAUUAUCGAUUAGUAAUUUUAUUAUCUUAUCCUAUUAUUAUCCCCCUCUCUCUCCCCCGCCCCCUAUCUCUCCGCCCUCUUCCCCUCCCUUUCGAAAGAACAUGAAAACUUGUGAGGAAAAUGCCUGCAAAAAUUAUUAAAUCGCUCGAUCAGCAAAUCGAGUCGGCUUACUGAAGCGUACCAUUUCUACUGCGAAUCCCGACAUCACUCUCGCUUUUUAUUUCGGUUUACAUCGACAUUGACAUCCUUGUUCUCGUCGUCGUUGUCGUCAUCAUCAUUAUCGCCGUCGUCGUCGUCGUCGUCAUCGUCGUCGUCGUCGUCGUCGUCGUCGUCGUCGUCGUCAUCGUCGCGUCAUCAACGUCAUUCCCGCUAUUAUAGUCUGUGUCGCGCCGAUCGCGUAACACGAAACCACGCAACGAACGGCCAUCAAUCCUUCGUACCGCUAUCGUCAAUAUUACCGAUAUUUCGGCAUCGUUAUUAUUAUUAUUGCUAUUAUUAUAAUUUAAAUGAUUUGCGCCCGUCAGGCCCGCCCUGUGACCGUCCUGCAGAGCGGGCAUGCGGGCCUUACGCAUCCUGCGAAGAGGCACCGCAGUGGCUACUCGUCGCAAGUCGUCUCUCAUGUUAUUAUUAUUAUUAUUAUAUUAUUAUUAUUAUUAUAUUAUUGUUAUUAGUAUACUAUUUUGCCGCCACUAUCACUACUGCUCAUUAGUCCUAUUCCCGCUAUUAUUUCUCACAACUAUUGUUAUCCACUAUUGCCAUCCCUGUCAUUAUUAUCUGUGUUAGCGUUGAGGAAGCCGUAAGACCACUACGCGAUAAUCGAGAUAAGCGCUAAAUUAUAAAUGUAUCAUGCGCGACCGUGCCCGGAUUUGACUUGGUGCACAUUCGGGCACCUCGUGCGCGAUCGGGUCUUGCAAUCGCAUUAUAUAUAUAUGUAUGUAUGGUGUAUAUACACGCGUGGAACGAGUUGCUAAUUGUGACAUACAAAUCAUCUAGAGGUGGGAUAGUCGAUAUGCGCGAGAUAACGCGGACGUUGCAUUAUUUUUACAUGAUAAUAACAGGUGCCGCUUGACCCCUUAUUUUUGGGUGUUUAUCGAUACUAAUGAUAUAAAUCGGUUUUGAUCAUUUGGAUUAUACCAUUUGGAAGAAAAAAGGAAAAAAAAGAAAAAAAGAGGAGAACACGUCAGUGUGUCUUGGGCUCUAUGCGCGCGGGAAAAUUAGCUUGCACUUCCUCCUUCCUUUUCUUUUGUUACAUGCCGUGUUAAAUCAAGCUUAAUCCACAAUGCGCUCUUUGCUUCCUGUUUCUCUGUUAUUUUUCGGCUUAAGGCUUAGAGUCACAGAAAGAGAUAAACAGAAAGAAACGAGCGGCAAAGAGCACAUUGCAGAUGAAGCUUCACACUUUCCUCAAACACGAUUCGAAAUGUUGGCGACUAAGGAAAAAGGGAGAAAGAAUCGGUGAAAGAGAGGCGGACGAAUCGGGGAUUAUUUCGGAUGACAUGCGGACAAGGGAGGAGAGACAGCAUCUAAUAGGGAUAAAUGAAUAAAAAUUCUAGUGAUUGCUGCAAUUUUUAAGUGGUUUGUCGAUCUUGAAAUUUUCACAAGACUGUACACAGAGAUUUUGUCGCGCAAAUCGUAGAGGAUGCAAACGCGAUUUCUUCAAGCUACCAAUAAGUUAGAUACACUGGGGCCUUAAUUAAGCGAACGAUAUAUUUGUCUAAGUGCGUCGUAGAGAUUUUCUACUCGAAAACUUUUUUCCGUUCGUUGCAUGCGUAAUAUGUUGGAAUCAAUAAAUUAUUCGCUGUGCAGACAAAUGAAUUCACGUGACGAUUGCCAUGCGACACAUGAUGAAUCCUCAUCAGUGCAAUAUCGGAGCAAAAACCAACGGAAUUUGAUCAAAAUGUUACGCCGGGGUGUGCCGAAAAAGUCGCAGAACUGAAUGAAUUACAAUAAAGCGAAAUCCCGAAAAAAAAGUCUAUGUCUGGCUUGUCUCGAGGUGAUCCUUAUUGAACUUGGCGUUGCGACUCUAUUUGAAUUCUAUUCGAACGAAGCAAACUUCAUCCCUUUUUUCCAAAUUCUCUGUUAAAUUUCCCUCCACUCGGCAUUCAAAAAAUCGAGAUGGCUGUUCCGAAAACAAGCUUGAUUAUGCAUGCAAUGCUGAAACGUGAACGUGAGUUGAAGAUUGUCACGAAGGAAAGAUAUACAUAUAUUCGAGAGACACCUUCGGCAAUUAUAUCCGUAAGUCGGAAAAGUCGCCCCGAAACUGUACGGAAAAAUCUGUACGAAAAUGACAAGCCACUGAUUCGCUUUCCGAACGUUACUUCGCGACGAUUCAUUCGCAGUCUCGAAACUUUUCCGACACUUCCUACGUAGACUUACGUCGCUCUCGAAGGAGAGCAACCGAGUACGUCGAGGCGUCGUCGAAUUUAUUCCGCAGCAUCUUAAAAUUCUCGGAGAGAUCUUACCUGUCUAUAGUUGUUUUUAAGAAGCUAAGCGUAUAUGUGUGGCAUAUGCGCGCAUACGCAACAACAUACUGUCUUAUGUACGAUGCAAGGUUUGCGAGAAGCGAUAGACCAAAUGAAAAAAAAGACUCGUCUCUGCAGGCUCGUCGUCUCACGCGCAGGAUAGAUUUUGUUCGAUAUUAAGGUUUACUUUACGAGCGAUUCUCUCGAGCACCCUCGGCCAAACAAAGUUCGAGCUGUGGUGAGCCGGUUAGAUAAGUUACGAGCAAGCGCCAUCAAGAGCUGUAUAAUUGUGUGUGUGUGUGUCAUUUUCUCAUUGUUACUUCGAAUAAUAAAGGAGCAACUUGGCCGUUUA